CUGGACGCUGUUACUGGGAGGCUGAAUGGACUGGCUGGAGUUACAUAGGAAUGACAUACAAAGGAAUCAACAGGGAAGGAAGAAAUCAGAGUAGAUUUGGGUAUAAUGAAAUGUCAUGGUGUGUUUUCUGUAUUGCCAACAGAUACAGUGCUUGGCACAAUAAUAAAAACAAAGACAUACCUCUCCCUUCAUGCAGUUCUAAGAGAGUAGGAGUGUAUCUGGACUGGUCUGCCGGCACUCUGUCCUUCUACAGCAUCUCUGACACACACACACUAACACACUUAUACACAUUCAACACCACAUUCACUGAACCCCUCUAUGCUGGAAUUAGAGUUUAUGAAGCCUCUGUGUCCCUGUGUCAGUUUUGAUAGCCAUGUAAGAAAAGAAAAUAACUGCCCAACAAUUUUUCAGAACAGAAGAGGAAUUAACUAAAUUAGAGUUUGUGUAAAAUUUAAAGAAUUGUUUCUAAACACAUUAUAAAUGUUAGAAAUGUUAUUGCUGAAACACAUUACAAAGACCUAACCCACUGCGCAUUGACGUCGGAGUAUGUAUUUUUCGGAUGUCCAAAUUCGGUCCAUUGAAGGGGUUGUUUUGUAACACCAGGCGACAUCUUUUUUCGACGCUUUCUGCACGUCUAAUGUUGACCUCUGUGCAAGGGCUAUUUAUAGACCAAAUGUGGAUGUUUUGUAGAUGUCUUUUCAACAUCAAAUUACUUAUUUUGGGCGUCAUUUUUAUAACCUCUAUAACUGUGGUCCCAUGUUUCCAGAGGAUAGAGGACAUGUUUUCUGUGCCAGUUAAUUUUCCUGUAGCUUUGUUUGGCUAAACUUAUAUUUUCAACAGGAAAUGCAUUACACCUUCGUAUGCACGUCCAGUUAUCACUUGCUGUUGAGACAAUCAGUUUUUGCUAAAUGAUCUGGAACAGUAUGCCACCUUCUGAAAUGGGAUUAGAUUUCACCUGCUGCUGAGACAAUCAAAUGUAGUUUUUGCAAAAGAUUAGCUGUUGAGCCAAACAAAGCUACAGGAGAAUUAACUGGAACAGAAAACAUGUCCUCCACCCUCGGGAAAUAUGGGACUACAUUCAACAAUACAGUUACACAAAUACAAUUCCCCUUUAUGUAGAGGAGUUUUUGAUUUUCUAUGAAACCUCAGCAUUUGGUUUUGUGACUAGGGCUUUAGGUCCUCAAAGGCUCUCCAGAUGUUUGUUGUUCAUCGUUCCUUGUCUAUCCCUAGACUAAAACGGUUUUCUGUUGAGAUUCACUGGCACACAUUACUUGACUUAGUCUUUUUUCUAACAUUAGUAUCAAAAGGGGGCUGGCACAAAUAAACAUCUGAUACUUAUCUACCUACAUCAUGAGUCUGUGGUCUUCCAUACUGUUGUCUUUCCAGAUGCAUUUUUUUUACUUGAGAAUGGCUAACAGCAAGAAUAGCCUACAUUUCCAAAAACCUGCAAUACACCGAAUUUCUGCUUCAUAGAAAAAUGCGUAUAUCUGCUCAGAACCUGAUGUGGCAUUAAGCACUUUUCUAUGCCAAUGACCAUUUUAAUAAAUUUUAACAUUGUGCAUAUGCUUAAAUCCUAAAUAUGUUAAUGUUUUAUUUUAAUUCACAAAUAUUUAAUAUAUAAAACAAUAAACGGUAUUUACCUGAUAAUACAAUUACAUUUUGCAUGUCAAAUUUAAUUUCCAAUGUUCACCUUGUAAAAAAUUGAAUUAAAAAAAGUGAUGUUGCCAAGAAUCUGUGAAUGUCUUGAUCUAAGAAAGUGCUUAUGAUUUGUAGAGAUUAAAAAACUGUGUGGAUUUUUAUCAUUGUAGAGGAAUUCUGUAUACACACUGCCAACACGCAUUUUAGUUCAAACACCAUGUAAAAGUAAAUUUUGCAUCUGAUGUCCCCUUUAAAUGAAAUGCUGAAAAUGAAACAUUACCUUUCAUACAGUUUAACUAGAUCAUACAGGACUAACCAGCUUGGGCAGUAUGUUUUUCAUAACAAGCCAGUGAAGAAUCACAUCACACUUGAAUAAGUCUAUGUAGGUUCUCUUGUUCAUAUUUGCUCUACAUGGAUUAUUACAACAGUUUUUGCUAGGAUAUAAAAGACUAUGGUAAGAUCAAGGCUAAAUCCAGCUAAUUAUUUGCCAAUUAUAUCUAUUUUAAUGCACUUAGUCAUUCAUGUCACAGCAUUAAGUGCUGUUACAAAUCUGAUCUAAUGAAAUCAUAUUUUUAAUUGUAACUAACUGCACUUUACCAUUGUAUCUUUAUUUAAUGAACCAUACACAAUGAGCUGUCCAUUGCAUCAUCCUUAAUAGACAUUUGUUUGUUUGUGCAGCGUGUUGUAACAAUGUUUCUUACAUUUACUGUAUGCUACAAUUAAAGCAUACUUACCUGUGAAUUUGACUGAAUUGACCAUAAUGUUUUAUUUUCAGAUGUCAUGAGAAUACGCUUGUUAUUUUUAAUGUGACAUGGCAUCACAUAGGCUAAUCUAUGGCCAGGGCUAUUUUCAGUGGCUUCUUUCUUCUUUUUGUCACUGCAUUCUUUUCAUUCUGAUUUAAUUUUUCUUUGUAUUCUGCUGUAACAGUAUGAAAGAAAAAACAGCAUAUAGGGCACAUUUGUGAUCUCUCCAGAUUUAAUAACAAUAUAUCCCACUCAUGAAUUCAUAGGAAUAUAUGAAGAAUCUUUAGUUUUUCUCCCCCUUUUAACCGUUUAAUCUCUAUAAAAAAAAUUAUCUCCAUUAGCAGUGUCUACUGGAAUGUUUCUGUCACGAUCGUCAGCUGAAGUGCCCAUGAACUCCAGUAGAGGGCACUCCACUCUGGAAUAGGGUUGGGUAUAGACUGUUUUUUUUUUUACCAGUGCCAUUUUGAUCCUGUUACGCUGUUUGUGGCCUGCCCCGACCUCUGCCUGGUAUCGUUUCUGAUUCUGUAUAUCCUGUUAUAUACUUGACGCUGUUAUCUGAUUUCUGCCUGUCUGACCAUUCUCUAAUAAACACUGCAAAUUAAUCCAAAUGUCUCAUGACUCCAUGU